CUGAAGUAGCAUGUCUUCCUAUGCAGAAUAAAUUCAGUGAUGCUUCCCUCCUGAUACUGACUGUACCGUCAAGCUUGAUAAACGACAACAUUGAAAGGCUGUCAAAAACAAACGAGAUGAAUUCCUCAAGAAGAAGCGAAAGCGAUUGGCAGGGUUUGGUCAGCGAGUUCCUGGUGUGUAAGCGCAAGUUGGAGAGCAAGAAGGAGGCCCUCCUGAUUCUGUCCAAGGAGCUGGAUACCUGUCAACAGGAGAGAGACCAAUACCAGCUGAUGGCCAACCAGCUCCGAGAACGCCACCAGGGACUCAAGAAGAAGUACAGGGAACUCCUAGAUGGAGACUCCAGUCUACCACCUGAAAAACGAAAUCAAUUGAAUUUGGCCCAGCUGUUGCGAGACUCCAGAGAAAGGAGUAAGCAGCUGUCUGAAGAGGUGAAGGAGCUGAGUCAACGACUGGCUGAGGCCCAGGGGGAUAACAAGCUCCUGCGGAUGACCAUAGCCAGACAGAGGUUGGGGGAUGAAGAGGUGGGGGCAAGGCACUUCCAGGCCUAUGAGCGGGAGGACCUGGUCCAGCAGUUGGAGACGGCACGAGAGCAGAAUGAGGAGCUGGAGCACAGUGUGAAAUCUCUGACGGAUGAGCUGCAGGAUGUGAGGGCGGAGCGUAACGUGUUCCAGGAAAAGGCCCAGCGGCUGAACCACGAGGUGAACCACAUCUUGGGGGGACACGAGUGUCGGAUUCUAGACGUAGAUGCACUCUGCAUGGAGAACAGAUAUUUACACGAGCGGUUCAAACAACUGCAGGAGGAGGUCACCAUGCUCAAAAUGAAUGUCAUGAAGUACAAGAGUGCUCUGGAGAGCAGGAAGAACUCCAAGACUUAUGGCAAAGCUAACAGCAGUGCACUCACUGGGGUGCUCUCUGCCAAACAAGUGCAGGAAUUAUUGCUUUCUGAGGACAACGGAUGCAGUCUCCCUGUCACGUCUCAGUCCAUCUCAGACCUCAAGUCCCUGGCCACAGCCCUACUGGAAACUAUCCAUGAGAAGAACCUGGUCAUUCAGCACCAGCGCCAAACCAACAAGAUUCUGGGAAACCGAGUAGGGGAGCUUGAGAAGAAACUGAAGACUCUAGAGGUGUCGGGAUUAUGGAGCCUCCCAGGCCUGACUUACAAUGUGUCUCUGGGAUUCUCUGGAAGAGGGAGAGAUGCCAUCAUCCUGAAUGAAACUCUGCAGCCUAGCUCCACUGUGACAAGCUCUGAGGAGAAGAAAGUACCCCCCAAUGAGCAGGAAGUACCCCCCAAUGAGCAGGAAGUACCCCCCAAUGAGCAGGAAGUACCCCCUACUGAGCAGGAAGUACCUUCCACUGUGCAGUCUACCACAGUAGAGCAGAAGAUGACAAGGUAGCCAAUGACAUGCAGAUCCCCGUCCCCAGACAUGUGGGGGGGUUACCCAGUGUGACGGGGGAUACAGAGAUAAGCACCAAGGAGUCAGAGCCACUAGUGUCACCAGUCAGCCUGGACACAUCCAAGCAAAACUAGUCAGGCAAAACUGCUGAGGAAGUCACUGACUGUUCUCAAGCAGAGACAAUAAACCUGGAUGAAUGUCAGACUGUCGACCAAUCACAAAGUGCAAAUGAGGUCACGGUGCUUCCAUGGUACCAAUUAGAUGAGACUGUAGGCGGGACACCAUCCCCUUCCUCAAGGCCAGACUUGGACGUGUCCUCCUGUAAGGCAUAUGCCACAUAUCAGAGCCUCUAAAGGACACAAAACCCACCCAGAGAGAGGUGAGUUGGUCAGAUGACAACGUCUUUAGGGUGGGGUCUGAGGAGAUUGACAUGGCAGAGGGCUCUAUGACAGAAAACACCAAUCUUCCAUCCUCAACAUCAACCUGCAGCUCUCCUAUUCAAACAAGUCCCACCCACGGGGAGAAUAACCAAUCACACCACAAGUCAGAACAUUCAGAAGAUGUGAGGGUCGAGUGCUUAAUGAAUGAGGAGUCAGAAAUCCUUCCCUUGAACAGUAGCCACUCAAAUGCUGAAUGAUCAGACCGGGAUGGGAAAACAGUUAAGAAUGACAGCUACUUCAGCCAAAACCAUGCCUAGAUUGACACUGUAAUAGAAUGGGUUUCAAUAUUCCUGAGGGUGCAUUCUGUAAAAUGUUGUACUGCUUACUGGUGAUUCCAAGCUCCCAAGAUUUCUGAAAGAGAGAUUACUCUGCUACAGUUGCUCUAACGUGGAAUUGAACCCUGUGGCCCUUCUAUUCAGUGGUUUGAAGCUGGCCUGGACUGACCAGUACAGAGAACCUACUAGCUCCGCAUAUGUUCUACUGCUUUUUAUUUUUAUGUACACUGCUCAAAAUAAUAAAGGGAACACUAAAAUAACACAUCCUAGAUCUGAAUGAAUGAAAUAUUCUUAUAAAAUACUUUUUUCUUUACAUAGUUGAAUGUGCUGACAACAAAAUCACACAAAUUAUCAAUGGAAAUCAACUGUAUCAACCCAUGGAGGUCUGGAUUUGGAGUCACACUCAAAAUUAAAGUGGAAAACCACACUACAGGCUGAUCCAACUUUGACGUAAUGUCCAUAAAACAAGUCAAAAUGAGGCUCUGUAGUGUGUGUGGCCUCCACGUGCCUGUAUGACCUCCCUACAAUCCCUGGGCAUGCUCCUGAUGAGGUGGUGGAUGGUCUCCUGAGGGAUCUCCUCCCAGACCUGGACUAAAGCAUCCGCCAACUCCUGGACAGUCUGUGGUGCAACGUGGCGUUGGUGGAUGGAGCGAGACAUGAUGUCCCAGAUGUGCUCAAUUGGAUUCAGGUCUAGGGAACGGGCGGGCCAGUCCUUAGCAUCAAUGCCUUCCUCUUGCAGGAACUGCUGACACACUCCAGCCACAUGAGGUCUAGCAUUGUCUUGCAUUAGGAGGAACCCAGGGCCAACCGCACCAGCAUAUGGUCUCACAAGGGGUCUGAGGAUCUCAUCUCAGCACCUAACGGCCAGGCUACCUCUGGCGAGCACAUGGAGGGCUGUGCGGCCCCCCAAAGAAAUGCCACCCCACACCAUGACUGACCCACCGCAAAACCAGUCAUGCUGGAGGAUGUUGCAGGCAGCAGAACGUUCUCCACAACGACUCCAGACUCUGUCACAUGUGCUCAGUGUGAACCUGCUUGCAUCUGUGAAGAGCACAGGGCGCCAGUGGCGAAUUUGCCACUCUUGGUGUUCUCUGGCAAAUGCCAAACGUCCUGCACGGUGUUGGGCUGUAAGCACAAUCCCCACCCGGUCACCUCGGACCCUCAUACCACCCUCAUGGAGUCUGUUUCUGACCGUUUGAGCAGACCCAUGCACAUUUUUGGCCUGCUGGAGGUCAUUUUGCAGGGCUCUGGCAGUGCUCCUCCUUGCACAAAGGCGGAGGUAGCUUACCUGCUGCUGGGUUGUUGGCCUCCUCCACGUCUCCUGAUGUACUGGCCUGUCUCCUGGUCGUGCCUCCAUGCUCUGGGCACAACGCUGACAGACACAGCAAACCUUCUUGCCACAGCUCGUUUUGAUGUGCCAUCUUGGAUGAGCUGCACUACCUGAGCCACUUGUGUGCGUUGUAGACUCCAUCUCAUGCUACCACUAGAGUGAAAGCACCGCCAGCAUUCAAAAGUGACCAAAACAUCAGCCAGGAAUCAUAGGAACUGAGAAGUGGUCUGUGGUCACCACCUGCAGAACCACUCCUUUAUUGGGGGUGUCUUGCUAAUUGCAUAUAAUUUCCACCUGUUGUCUAUUCCAUUUGCACAACAGCAUGUGAAAUGUAUUGUCAAUCAGUGUUGCUUCCUAAGUAGACAGUUUGAUUUCACAGAGGGGGAUUGACUUGGAGUUACAUUGUGGUGUGAGUGGGGAGGGGAAAACUGAAAUCUAGCUGUUAUUGCCAGUGAUAUUUGUAACUCUUUGGUCUAUUAACCAAUUUACAGAAUGGUGACGUCACCAUGGAAAGCCGAAACUCCCGCCCAUGCAAACCUGCUGAUUUAUAAGGUCCUGUGUAGUUAGUUGCUGGUUGAAAAUACAUUCUAUCAGGAAAUAACACUGAUCAAAUGUUUUCACACUUUUACAGUGUUAAGUUCAUCAGCUGUUGUACAAUGUGAUAUGAAGAAAGACAUUUAAAUUGCAUUUUGACUGCACUGGGCUUUAAGAGUAUUGGAACAUGUAAGGAGUUGCAGGUAAAUCCAUUUGAAUUCAAUCACUCUUUGACAGCAUCCCUUUUGAUUUAAUCGAAACUUUCCAUUCAUGUUUGCCCUUGGAAGAAGUGGUCAGAGUGGCUUUUUGGACCUGAAGGCCAAAACAAUCAGGAGAUAAAGGUGACCUGUUUUGCAUACCCCAAAAUACCAUGAGAUAUUCAUGUCUUACCUUUAUUUAACUAGGCAAGCCAGUUAAGAAAAAAUUCUUAUUUUCAAUGACUACCUGCUCAGGGGCAGAACGACAGAUUUGUACCUUGUCAGCUCGGGAUAUGAACUUGCAACCUUUCGGUUACUAGUCCAACGCUGUAACCACUAGGCUACCCUGCCGCCCCAUAAACAGUUAAGUUUGAAAUCAUUUUAAAAGCUUACAAACAGUGUUGUCAACCUAUUUUGUUAUUUAUUGGAGUGCACAACAAUUUAUUAAAUAAAUUAAUUUUAAAACUUUUAGCGUCAAUUAUCUAAAACCAGUAAAAAGGAUUUCACAUCUGAGGUUUUUGUGUUCAAAAAAUAGCUCUUGAACACAGGGUAGGUGUUAUUUCAUUUAAGCAGUAGCGUGCCGUGGAUCUGGGGCCUGGGCCUUCAGUGAAGUCCUACACAGUUCCACCCGAAUUAAUCCACCUCUUAUUACCAUCAUUAUGAUGUCAUGGCUCUAGACACUAUACAUUUAGACAAACGCAGUAUAACCAGGCGUUGCGUCUCCUUGAAAUUGACAUUUUUAUUCAGAGAAUUGCAGGGGAAGGGUACAAUACCUUUUCAUUGUGCAGCUUCGUUGCCCUGCGCGCUUGUUCGUUGAGCUGUAGAUCCACUCUGGUGUCCCCAAAAGUUUUCGAAAGCACCAUUGUUUGUAAGUGCCCAGCCGUACUUUGGUGUCUCGUUGCUGCCUUGGUUAGACAACUCCGGUUUGCAAAGCCAGUCUGGCUCCAAACACCAAAUCGAUCACUUGCAAAUAAUAGGCAUUCCCAGCAGUACAGUUUGCAGUGCUUCUCGGAGCCUGUCUUUGUAGCGUCGGCGUCUACCUCUCCUGACAAUGUCUAACUUUUCUUGAAAAGUUUGUCUUGAGAAUGGUGUUAUAAUUAUAUCCUUGACCAAAUCGAUAUCUUCUCCUUCCUCCAUUGUGGGUUGAAAAAACAGUUUAGUAGUACGCGAAUUAAUUCGUUGAUCAAUUUCAGUUUCCUAGUUCUGAGACCUGCCCAUAUAGGACCUGCCUCUCAAUAUUGGUAAUCCAAUCAAAAGACGUGCAGGCACUACGCCUGCUAGCUGGCUCCUGUGUAACACGGAAGCCAGCCAGCAGGUGUACAAUAGCCAACUCUAAAGCUGAUUGGUUGACACUAAAUUUUAAUUUCCAUUCACUUUAAGCUACAAGCGCCCGCACUGUUGAUUCUGAAGGCCUGAGGGCAGAUUUUAGACCCCUGGCAACACAUGAUGCCUGAAUAUGAUUGGAUAAAAUAUCUAACAUAAAGACCAGCCCUCCAAAUCUCAACCUGGUGCUGGAAGCAGUGCAACCAAGAGGAACGCUAUGAAAUGAAGAGUAACGCUUACUCUGGGGAAUAAUUUAAUACAUAUUUGUGAAUAUGUAUAUUCUGAUGAUGUUUAGGCCAGCAGAGAAGGCCUUGCUGGCCCUGAUGGCCCACCACUGCAUUUAAGUGUGUUAACACUUACAAGGCUGCCGGCCCAGAUGGCAUCCCAAGCCGUGUCCUCAGAGCAUGUGCAGACUAGAUGGCUGGAGUGUUUACCGUCAUACCGAUAUUCAAUCUAUUCAUAUCCCAGUCUGUUGUCACCACUUGCUUUGAGAUGUCCAACAUUGUUCCUGUACCCAAGAAAGUGAAGAUAACUGAACUAAAUGACUAGCACUCACUACUGUCAUCAUGAAGUGUUUUGAGAGGCUAGUUAAGGACCAUAUCACCUCCACCUUAACUGACAACUUAAACCCACUACAAUUCACAUACUGCCCCAACAGAUCCACGGACGAUGCAAUUGCUAUGGCACUGCACACUGCCCUACCCCAACUGGACAAGAGAAAUAUCUAUAUAAUGCUGUUCAUCGACUACAGCUCAGCCUUCAAUACCAUAGUGCUCAUCACUAAGUUCAGGGUCCUGGGUCUGAAACCCUCCCUGUGCAACUGGGUCCUGGACUUCCUGACAGGCCGACCCCAAGUGGUGGAGGUAAGGCAACAACACCUCCGCCAAGCUGAUCCUCAACACCGAAGGCCCCACAAGGGUAUGUGCUCAGCCUCCUCUUAUACUCCCUGUUCACCUACGACUGCGUAGCCACACGUCUCAAACUCCAUCAUCAAAUUUGAUACACUUUAUAUGUACAGUGCAUUUGGAAAGUAUUCAGACUCCUUCACUCUAUCCACAUUUUGUUAUGUUACAGCAUCAUUCUAUAGUGGAUUAAAUUCAAAAAUCGACACACACUAUCCCAUUGUGACAAGUGAGAACUUUAUUUUAUAUUUUUUUACGUAUACACUUUUUUUUCAAAUAAUACCUUAUUCAGACCUUUUGCUAUGAGACUCAAUUAAGCUCAGGUGCAUCCUGUUUCCAUUGCUCAAGAUGUAGAAACAUCUCAAACAUGAUUGGAGUCCAUCUGUGGUAAAUUGUUUGGACUUGAUUUGGAAAGGCACACACCUGUCUGUAUACGGUUCCACAGUUGACAGUGCAUGUCAGAGCAAAAACCAAGCCAUGAGCUCAAAGGAAUUGUCCCAGACAGGAGCUCCCAGAUAUCGUUGUUUUGAGGCACAGAUCUGGGGGAAGGGUACCAAAACAUUUCUGCAGCAAUGAAGGUCCCCAAGAACACAGUGGCCUUAAUCAUUCUUAAAUGGAAGAAGAUUAGGAAGAGUCUUGGUGGUUCCAGAGCUGGCAGCCCGGUCAAACUGAGCAAUCGGGGGAGAAGGGCCUUGGUCAAGGAUGUGACCAAGAACCUGAUGGUCACUCUGACAGAGCUCCAGAGUUCCUCUAAGUGCAUACACACACAAUAACAUACACACGUACACGUGUAUUUUGUGUUGUAGAUACAGUUUAAGUCGGAAGUUUUACAUACACUUAGGUUGGAGUCAUUAACUUGUUUUUCAACCAGUCCACACAUUUCUUGUUAACAAACUAUAUAGUUUUGGCAAGUCAGUGAGGACAUCUACUUUGUGCAUGACACAAGUCAUGUUUCCAACAAUUGUUCACAGCUUAUUUAACUUAUUCACUAUCACAAUUCCAGUGGGUCAGAAGUUUACAUACAGUAAGUUGACUGCCUUUCAACAGCUUGGAAAAUUCCAGAACCAACAAUCUACCAGUGGCACUGAUGGCUUUAGCCUAUCAGAAAUUAAAAAAAUAGGCUAAUGGACAUCAUUUGAGUCAAUUGGAGGCAUACCUGUGGUUGUAUUUCAAGGCCUACCUUCAAACUCAGUGCCUCUGCUUGACAUCAUGGGAAAAUUCAAAGAAAUCAGCCAAGACCUCAGGGAAAAAGUGGUAGACCUCCACAAGUCUGGUUCAUCCUUGGGAGCAAUUUCCAAACUCCUGAAGGUACCACUUCAUCUGUACAAACAAUAGAACGCAAGUAUAAACACCAUGGGACCACGCAGCCGUCAUACCGCUCAGCAAGGAGACGCGUUCUGUCUCCUAGAGAUGAAUGUACUUUUUAGUACGGAAAGUGCAAAUCAAUCAGAACAAUAGCAAAGGACCUUGUGAAGAUGCUGGAGGAAACAGGAACAAAAUUAUCUAUAUCACCCUGUAUUCAAGAGCAUGUUGUGUCUCAACUAAUGGGAGACAUGAUGUAAAAUAGGGUCUAAGCUACAACAUGUGAAAAAAAUUGGUGUUCAUGCUUUUUUGGAUAAUUGGCGUUAAAUGUUAAAUAGGGACCAUUUUUAUUUAAAGUUUUAUAUUAUACAAUUGUUUGAUAAGCUUUUAAAUUAUGUCAAUCUCAACCAUUUAUCUUUUCCAGUGAUGAAGACCUGGAUGUCUCAUGGUAUGGUGGGGUAUGCCAAAUGGAUCAACUUUGAGGACCUUUUAUCUCUUGAAUAUUUUGGCGUUCAGGUCCAAAAAGUCACUUCGGAGCACUUUUACAAUGGGCAAAUAUGUAUGGAAGGUUUCGUUCUAAUAAAGACGAGUGCUGUCAAAAAAGUGAUAGAAUUCAAAUUGAUUUACCUAGGUGCAAUAUACUGUACCAUGCCAUUUUGGGCUUAUGCCCUUCCCACUGGGCACACCACAUAAUUUCAACGUGGACAAUUGGGUAAUAUUUGGUUGAGGCAUUGAUCAAUGAGAUUACAACCUAUUUUCCCCCACUCAAAAAGACAGCCAGAAGUUUGUUGAAUUUCCAAUGUGUUAUCACUACUUUCAACCAUCACAAAGCACACUGCUUGGCUAGUAUCUGCUUGGAUAGUUCCAUCAGUGCCACUGGGGGAUUGUUGGUUGAGUUGAAGACAUGAAUCCAACAUAAUUUGUCAACAAUUUAUUUGGCUAGUUACUGUAUUAUAAAAGUGAUAUUGAAUUGUGUUUGGUUGUCAACACAAACAAAUAAACAUUUGAAAGAUGUA